AUGAAGGCGGGAAUCGAAAUUCACCGAUUGCUCAACAAGGCGGCGGCGGUCGACGGCGGCGCUUACGGCCACCUCAUACAGCACUUCACCCGUCACCGUCUUCCUCUCCACGCGCUUCAGCUUCACGCGCGAAUCGUCGUCUUCUCCGUCACGCCUGACAACUUCCUCGCUUCCAAGCUCAUCAAUUUCUACACCAGAGAGAACCGUUUCCGCCAAGCCCUCCACGUGUUCGACGGAAUCACCGUCAGAAAUGCCUUCUCUUACAACGCACUUCUCAUCGCGUAUACUUCGCGUGAGAUGUAUUCCGAUGCUUUCUCGCUCUUCUCUUCCUGGAUUAGAUCGUCUUGUUACUCUUCCGGAAUCGCCAGACCCGAUUCUAUAAGCAUCUCCUGUGUGUUGAAGGCCUUAUCGGGUUACGAUGGUUUCUGGGUUGGUUCACUGGCUAGGGAAGUUCAUGGGUUUGUUAUACGAGGUGGGUUUGAUUCCGAUGUCUUCGUAGGCAAUGGGAUGAUCACGUACUAUACGAAAUGUGACGACAUUGCGUCUGCGAGGAAAGUGUUCGAUGAAAUGCCUGAGAGAGACGUCGUCUCGUGGAACUCUAUGAUUUCUGGAUAUUCUCAAAGUGGGUCUUUUGAGGAAUGUAAAGAGCUGUAUAAAUCGAUGUUAGGUUGCUCUGAUUUGAAGCCUAAUGGAGUCACGGUGAUAAGCGUAUUGCAGGCUUGUGGACAAUCAAGCGAUCUUGUUUUCGGGAUGGAAGUUCACAAGAAGAUGAUCGAGAAUCAUCAUCAUAUUCAGAUGGAUUUAUCGUUGUGCAAUGCUGUGAUUGGUUUUUAUGCGAAAUGUGGUAGCUUGGAUUACGCAAGAGCGUUGUUUGAUGAGAUGAGUGAGAGAGAUUCUGUCACUUACGGUGCUAUAAUCUCAGGUUAUAUGGCUCAUGGUCUUGUUCAGGAAGCAAUGGCUUUGUUUAGUGAGAUGGGAAGCAUUGGUUUGAGUACAUGGAACGCUGUGAUUUCGGGUCUCAUGCAGAAUAACCACCACGAGGAAGUUGUAAACUCGUUUAAAGAGAUGAUACGAUGUGGCUCUAGGCCAAACACUGUGACGCUUUCGAGCCUUCUUCCUUCGUUGACGUAUAGUUCGAAUCUGAAAGGAGGUAAGGAGAUUCACGCUUUUGCCGUCCGUAAUGGCUGUGACGAUAAUAUAUACGUCACCACCUCCAUCAUUGAUAACUAUGCCAAGUUAGGGUUUCUCUCAGGAGCUCAAAGGGUUUUUGAUAGCUGUAAAGAGAGGAGCUUGAUUGUUUGGACCGCGAUAAUAACAGCGUAUGCUGUUCAUGGGGACUCUUGUUCUGCUUGUAGUCUUUUUGACCAGAUGCAGUGUGUUGGAAUUAAGCCAGACAACGUCACAUUAACAGCUGUUCUUUCAGCUUGUGCUCACUCUGGAGAAUCGGAUAAGGCGCAGAAGAUAUUUGAUUCGAUGGUGAUGAAGUAUGGCGUUGAGCCUGGAGUUGAGCACUAUGCUUGUAUGGUAAGUGUGCUUAGCCGAGCUGGAAAGCUUUCGGAUGCAAUGGAGUUCAUUUCUAAGAUGCCAAUUGAACCAGUUGCUAAAGUUUGGGGUGGGUUGUUGAAUGGGGCUUCUGUUCUUGGUGAUUUGGAGAUUGCGAGGUUCGCUUGUGAUCGGUUGUUUGAGAUGGAACCGGAGAACACGGGGAAUUACACGAUCAUGGCGAAUUUGUAUACUCAAGCAGGGAGAUGGGAAGAGGCAGAGAGUGUGAGGGAUAAGAUGACGAGAAUCGGAUUGAAGAAAAUCCCUGGGACUAGCUGGAUCGAGACUGCUAAAGGAUUACGUAGUUUCAUUGCGAAAGACACUUCCUGUGAGAGAAGUAAAGAGAUGUAUGAUGUAAUAGAAGGUUUGGUUGAGUCAAUGAGCGAUAAAGAGUAUAUCAUGAAACAAAAGCUUGAUGAAGCUAUUUGA